CACUUCCCACAACCCCUCGCGUGCCCUGCUUGCUGCGGUUGCUCGUGGCCAAUCGGGAGAGGCAGAUGUGGCGGGGGCUGAGGAGGGACAUUUUAAAAGGGCCGGGGAUUGCGGGCGUCAGUGGCCAUGGCGGAUACAGCGACUACAGCAUCGGCGACGGCGGCUAGUGCCGCUAGCGCUGCGACCGAUGCACCUCCUUUUCAGCUGGGAAAACCCCGCUUUCAGCAGACAUCCUUUUAUGGGCGCUUCAGGCACUUCCUGGAUAUCAUCGACCCUCGAACACUCUUUGUCACUGAGAGACGUCUCCGAGAGGCUGUGCAGCUGCUGGAGGACUACAAGCAUGGGACCCUGCGCCCCGGGGUCACCAAUGAACAGCUCUGGAGUGCCCAGAAAAUCAAGCAGGCUAUUCUACACCCAGACACCAAUGAGAAGAUCUUCAUGCCUUUUAGGAUGUCAGGUUACAUUCCUUUUGGGACGCCAAUUGUUGUAGGUCUUCUCCUGCCCAACCAGACUCUGGCAUCCACUGUCUUCUGGCAGUGGCUGAACCAGAGCCACAACGCCUGUGUCAACUAUGCAAACCGCAAUGCUACUAAGCCUUCUCCAGCCUCCAAGUUCAUCCAGGGUUACCUGGGAGCUGUCAUCAGCGCCGUCUCCAUCGCCGUGGGCCUUAAUGUCCUGGUUCAGAAAGCCAACAAGUUCACUCCAGCUACCCGGCUUCUCGUCCAGAGAUUUGUGCCAUUCCCUGCUGUAGCCAGUGCCAAUAUCUGCAACGUGGUCCUGAUGCGGUACGGGGAGCUGGAGGAAGGGAUUGAUGUCCUGGAUGCUGAAGGCAACCUCGUGGGCUCCUCCAGGAUUGCAGCCAGACAUGCCCUGCUGGAGACAGCACUGACUCGAGUGGUCCUGCCUAUGCCCAUCCUGGUGCUCCCCCCGAUUGUCAUGUCCAUGCUGGAAAAGACAGCUCUCCUGCAGGCGCGCCCUCGGCUGCUCCUGCCCGUGCAAAGCCUUGUGUGCCUGGCAGCCUUCGGCUUGGCCCUGCCGUUGGCUAUCAGUCUCUUCCCGCAGAUGUCAGAGAUUGAAACAUCUCAGUUAGAACCUGAAAUUGCUCGGGCCACAAGCAGCCGGACUGUCGUGUACAACAAGGGGCUGUGAGUGGUAGUUGGCCGGCCUGGGGACAGCACAAUAUCCAGGCCAGUGAAGAGUUGGGGGCAGCAAAGAGUCACACAGGCUGCACCUGCAUGGAGGGGCAGGCUGGACCCCACCAGGCCUGGACCACCUGGGGGCACUCAACCCACAGUGGUAGGAGACUAACCCAUUCACCGUUUAACAUAGGUAGGAGAGAGGAAUUCUGACACAUUUCCUAUAUAAAAGCAUCAAGUGCAUUUCUGGGCCUUACGUGGGGUUGUCAAAACUCCACUCAGCACAAUUAUGUGUGAAGCUAUAAAACUAGGAAUGCCCAUGGGGUAGACAUAGGAUUCUUCUAUUCCUUCCUUUCUUCCUUCCUUUCUUUCUUUCUUUCUUUCUUUCUUUCUUUCUUUCUUUCUUUCUUUCUUUCUUUCUUUCUUUCUUUCUAUCAGAAUCAAGUCUGAGCCUUGGUUGAAGCAGACCAGGAGUGGCAGGCACACAGGUGUUGGGAGCUAUAGUAAGCCCAGGAACUGGGUUGGUUUGGUGGCCUGGCUGGUAGAUCUAGGAUAUUUGAGUUGCCAAACUACAGUGAAAAAGGGCAGAGAGGUGGUCUGCACUCCACAGAAUGAACUAGGCCUCAGGAAUUGGCUCAAGGGAGUCACGGAACCCUGGCAGACUCUGGACGAUCCCACGGUCAGCAGGCUCUGAAUGUGGCCAGCCCUCACCCAUGCCACAGUUGUGGAAGCAGUUCCUGAGUGAAGCACAUGGAGCGGUGGUCUGCCUUGGUGGGGUGCUCAAUGAUUUGAGGCCCCUGAGGCCCCAGCUCCAGGAAGAGAGGCCCAAGAAAGAAUGAAUUGUGGCAAGAAUCGUGUGUCUGUGCUGGCCUCACCAGAAGAUCCUCUUUCAAGUGCACGCUGGGUGUUGGGCUGAGGGUGGGCUGGAGCUGGACUCACUGCUGUCUGGAGAGUCUCCAGCCACUGAACCUGCCUGCCCCAUCCACCCCAUCCUGAGCAGGAGGGUCUGACACCUGAGGGUGCCAAGGCCUUAUCCCUAGGACCUAUCUGAGAGGAAGCAUCAACCCAAGAGCAGUGGGCCUGGUUCUAGAACACAGGCUAUGUGGCCUUGGGCAAUCCACUGCCUUCUCUGAUCGUCCGUCCCCUGCCCAGAAGCAGGGUCCUGGAUCGAGGGUUUCCCCCCCCACUCUUCCAGUUCAUCCUUGCCUGUUCUGCUCAGAUGCCGGCCAUCUCAAGCAUAUCCUCCACAUGGACACCGGCCUGUGAAAGGAGCAGGCCCCCUUGGGAUUGGCCAGCAGUUGGCCUCAGAUUCUGGACUGUGCCCUUUAUAUGACCCCACAUCCCAGGCGCACUUGACUUUUGCCAGUCAUUUCACGGUUCUGGAGGAGGCCAUAGCGUGGGUACCUUUGCAAGCAUGGGCCAGAACUGUGUUCACCUCUCACCUCUGCAGGCUCAGAGUGCCUCGCUGCUGGCUGUUUCUCCCAUUUGCAGGCAAGGGAAGAAGAGAGGGAAGCAGGAGGCAGGGUGACUCUUCAUCUGAAAGGCCCAAAAGGAGGGAGUCAUGGCCUUGAUGAACCCCUCACCUGAAUCCCGCAAGGAUAGACCCUCUCAACAUGCAACCCCUGGGCCUCCCUCUCCUGGUGACCCUGAGACGGAUCUAGGCUGGAGAUGAACAUGUGUGUGUGCGCAGGGAAAGGCGUGUAUGAGCUGCAAGGCUGCAGCCACGCCAGCCCCUCCACACCUUGAGGAUGUGUGGUUGUGGAGAGGUGGGUCUUCUAUGAGCACUGACACAUGUGCCCUUGGUGGCCAGCAGCUGGCUCUGCCUGCGGGAUGUUGCCCUGAGGGUCUGUCACACUCUGGAGGAGUACCCACCCCCUGCUCAGCAGGGAGAGAGGCAGAUUGGCAUGGAAGACAACACAGCAGGGGAGAGGGGGCCACAGAGUUGGAGGGAACAGGAAUUUUGAGCCAACCCCACCAUAAUGUGAAUGUGUCAAUGACUGCCGGCUGUGCUGGUCUCUAGGCCUGGACUGGAAGCUGGGCAUGUCUGGGUCCUCUCUUGAAAAGCUCAUUUCAAGCUCACCCUGCCCCCUCUUAUCAUAGGGUUUUGUUCUUGUGCACUUUAUCUUGGGCCAAAACUCUCCCCACUACCUUAAUUAUCCUUUCCAGGGGCCCAGCAGAGAUGGGGUGUUUGCCCUCCCCCUCCAUGCAGGUUGCCCCAGCCCAGCCUCAUCCCCCUUCCCCAUUGUGGCCUCAGUAUCUCCUAAGCAAUCUGAUUUGUCUCUGGAUGACUUUUAUCAUGCUCCCAAAUAUAAUUCCAGGUGAGCCAAGGGGCUGCUUUUCACAGGGGCGCACUGGAAAAGGAUGCUUACGGCUCAGGGUGAUGGUGCCAAGGGGUUCAGUGGGCCAUGCUGCUAAGCCCUGAUCUGGCUUUAGAAAACCCCAUAAAUGGAAACCUGCUACUAACACCCACGCUCAUCUCUGCUGAGGCCAGAGGAGAGAGGUCUCGGGGGUGGAUUGAUUUGUCAUUGAGGAAGAGGCCAAAAUUUUCCUGGCCAACACUCUUCUGGUCAUUUUAAACAUUCCUUCAGUCCCGGGGAUGCCCUUCUCCUAUCCCCAGAAAGCAAUUUGAGAGUACAGGUUCCAGAAGUCAGAGAUGUCAAGUCGGCCCCUGCGCCCUCUUCCCUUCCCAACUGUAAGCUGGCUUGUUUCCUGUUUGGAGCCUCUGGCCUGGAAGAAGGAUAGGCUCCUGAGGAGAAGAGCCCAGGGGGGCUGCCAGCAUUAGGCAGGGAGGGGUGAGGCCCCACUCAGGCCUCAGCACACCCAGGGUACGUCACAGUGUCUUUUUAACCUUCUCAAAAAAUUUCUCAAUCUAUGUAAUUUAUGUAAUACUAAUGAGCUGUGGGCAAUAAACGAAGGG